AUGUCCGAAGAAAUCCAAGUCAUCGCCAUCUUCCACCCCACCCCCGGGAAAGAAAAUCGACUCCAACAAAUCCUCCUCGAUCUCGCGAGCAAAGUCCGUGAAAAUGAACAGGGUGUUAAAAAAUACCAAGCCUUCGAACAGAUAGACUCGCAGAGCGGUUCGAAUGUUGUUCUUUUUCAGGAAACUUUCACCACGCACCUAUCAUCCCCCUACUUCACUUCCACCGGCGAAAUCCUCGCCAAAGAAGAAUUGAUUACCAAACCCUUUGAAGUGAUAGUAUUAAAUCCUAUUGGUGGAUUUACACGUUAG